UAUUUGCAUAACGUGCUUUUAUUCCAAGCGAAUUGCAUAGCAAUUUUAAAUCUUUGCCAGUUUAUACAGCUGGGUAUUUACAGAAGCAAUUCAGGUUAAGUACCAUGCUUAAGGAUAUGAGAGGAGUAAACCCCCUUUUGCCCCGCCGGGGAUGCCGACCGGCAGCAUUUGUGGUGGAGAGUUUUUCCACAACCGUGACAUCAUGUGCAACGGUGACAGCCCUGAGUGUCGGUGGGACCGGGUCCAAUGGUCUGGCCACACGGUCACAGAGGAAGGGGCACUGGGUGCCUUGCAUGUCAUUCUUGGUGGGAUUGAGGGUUCCCUACCUGGGUGCGCAUGUGAGCAAUCGCUGUGAGAUCAGGAGUGUUCCACUGCAGUCCCGCAGAUGUUCGAGCUCAAAUUUCUCCUCCGCAAGGCUGGAAAGGGAGUCGCAUGGGUGCAGAGAGGGCGGUGCGUUCACUUGUGGUUCUCCUGUCAGCCGGAACAAAACCCACCGUGACCCUCCGUUUGAAGCGGGAGCAUCUGGAUCGAGAGCUUCCAUCGCAGCUCCUGCUGCGUGUGCCGGUUAGCGUUCCACCCACAGCCGCUGGCUUUAAUCGGUCUGCUUAAUUAGUUAAUUUUCUCACCUAUUUGUCCCCCAGAAUUACAGCAGCGAAAGAGGAAUAGGCAGGUAUUUCCCAAAUGCACAACAGAAUAACUGCAGUCUUAUAUCUUACUGCUUUUGAACUUUGCCAAAACAUCUAAGUGACAAAAAAAAAAAAAACAGACUCGCGAUGCUGAAAAUACACAGCAAACCUGCUGUCGAUUUUGACUCGCUUUUUAGUCCGACGAUGUUUCGGAUCACUCUUCAUGAACUCGUAUACAGGUACGUGAAAUAUAGCGUCAGCGAGCCACGUGGGUUGUUAUGGGUUUUGAAAAUGAAAUGUUUAAAUGUUCCACUUCGAUGCUUAGUGGUUUUGAAGAAGCCCUUCUGCUUUGCGAAAGAGGGUAAUAUUAAAGGUGGUCAAUUUUAUUUCAUUUGCCGGCAGGGAUUAUGGUGCAAUUUCAGAUGUAAUCGCAGGCUGCCUCAAUUGCGAUGAACGACACUGCCGUUUAAAGCGAGCUGGGGAACCCGGGCACGCAGAUGUGUGUGCUGGGUGCCGGCCCGUGUCUGCCGCUUAGGGGUGUCGUUCGAUGUUGCUCGUGUUCCUCGGAGUCAGGACUGUGUCUGCACAGCCCCCUGCCCCCGUCGUAAAUGUCUUCCACAUUGUUCGAUUUCAGUCCUGCGUCAAGGAGUUCGAAUGGAAAGAAUUGGAGCACAGUGCGAUCAUGCUUCACGGUAGAGGCGCUGUUGGCUGUAGGCGUCCAGCGCUUAAUCGCUGUGUGUUGUGUUCAAGGGCCUGCGAGACCCUUUCCGUGCGGUAAAAGUGCGUGUCGCUCGUGGAAGUGGAAAAACUAGGAUGGACACUAGAAAUAGCAAUUCUGAGAUUGGAUGCUAAAAAUACAGCACCUUCAAUUAUUUUGCACAGCAAUGUAUAAUUCAGGGUAACCGCAGAGUAAUUAAAUCUUAAUACGGGCUCCUCUCCCGGGUGUGAGGGGUUUCAGUAGUCCUGGAUUUCUCGUGGGACGUGCGCAGCAAAGAAUGCCAUGGGGUUUGCAGUGUCAGGGCCCUUGGGCCAUCGCAGAACGGUGUAAAAGUUACAAGGGCUGCUAUUACAAAAGGACAACCCCCCCCCAGUUGAAACCCUGUUGCCCAGGAGACCUCGCGCAAGCAAUGCCUUAUGGUCUGUUGGACACGGGAAAUGGACCGUGCAGAGCAAGAGCGGGUUUCAGCGGGGUUUCAGCGUCUGGUCUGGUGAUGGAGGCCAGGCCGAGAGCCGAGCGGCAGCGUUGUUUUGCAUUUGCCUUGAAGUUGACGUUCCAGCUGCUACAGAACCCCCUUCGGACGCUGAGCGAGGGUGCGUGAUUCACGACGGCGAGUUCCAAUUCCAGCUCCAGCUCCUUGGACCGGCGGCCAAGUGACAACGCUGGCAUUUCCCUGAUGUUUCCCGCGGGAUCGUCUCGACUCUCGACUUCCUUGCAUGGUAUGGGUGUCCAACAUCUGCGUAACUGGAAGGAGUAACAGCCCCCUGAGGGGUCUCUGUGUAUUCCCCUGCGCCUGCUGAAGAGGACCUGACAGCAGGUCCAGACAGCACUCGGCAGGGUGGGGGCUCCUGACCCAUGGAGAAUUACUUCCAGGCAGAGGCCUUUAACCUAGACAAGGUGCUGGAUGAGUUUGAACAGAAUGAAGAUGAGUCGGACACGCCAACUCUCUCCGAUGCAAAGUGGACCCAAAUUUUGGCGCCGUCCACCCACCUGCUCUCCCUGAACCCUGCCCUGACCCAUGGAGACCUAAGCCCACUUAGCUUUAAACCGCUCUCCGAGAGUGGCGGAGAGCCAGAUGGGGAGGGCGAGAGAGACCCUAGCCUGGGGCUUGAGGGGCCGUGGGUGGACGAGCGGCCCCUGGACCUCCACAGCCCGCUGCCAGCCCAGCCCAACAUCGGCAAGCUGGUGAGCAGCAAUGGGCAGAUGUCGGCUGCCAGCACCCAUAGGACCUCCAGCAGUGAGGGCUCAGCCAGCCCCCCAUCUCUAGGGCUGGAGAAUGGCUGCCCCGUUGACCCUGAUCUGAAUGGUUGCACUGAGGAGCCCAGCAUCGAUUCCGGGCCUCAAGAGGACUCUUCUCCCACCUGCCAGAUCACAAGCCCUCACCUCUGCCACAGCGCCCCCUGCAGGGAUCUGGCAGGUCUCUCUGAAAGUGAAGAGGCCUACUUUAAAGACACACACUUUUCCCUGGAGGAGGAGAGGGACAGUACACUGGCUGCUGAACCUCUGGGAGAGGUUGUGCCACCUGAGCAUGGCAGCAUCAUUGGCUCCCCGAAGGGGCAGCACAAUCUAGAAGUUCCAACGAGGCUCGCUGCUCUUAGGGUCCAAGAGGAGAGCCCUCCAGAUUCGGGUGCAGCUCUCUGCCAACCUGACACCAAAGGUCACCCGGAAAGGGUCAUGAAUGGCGCAGCCUCAGAGCCUGACGAACACGAGGGAGAGGCCUCCCAUCCUGAGGUGUCAGAAGGAGAUGCUGCAUCCCAGUCUCCACUGAGGUCCCUCCCUAACGGUCUGAGCACAGAAGAACCCCGGAGAGUCUCCCGUUGCCCACCCUCCAAGGAGGACUCUGUCACAGAGGAGAAGGAGAUGGAGGAGAGCAAGCAGGAGUGCUGCGAACAGCCCCGUGGCCCAGAGGCUGGGGCCCAGAGGGUGAGCGGCAGGCGCGUCCAGCCUGUCAGCGUACCCUUUGGUGGGGCCCGGCCCAAGCAGCCCGUCAGCUUGAAGCUGCAGAUCCCCCGGUUGCUCUCGGGGCAGGUCCAAAACAAACCUGGCCCCCAAGGCCGCAACAAGAACCUGGAGACCCAGGGUCUCGCCGGAGACCCAUCUGAUGCCGUAGGCUACGGGGAUGAGGCCAAGGCCACUGGCAUGAACGGGGAUAGGACGGCCCGAUUCGAUCCGGGUGCCUCCCUCGUCUCCUCCGGCCUGACGCUAACACCCGAGAGUCCGGAUAAUGACCUUCAGGCAGGACACCUGGGGUGUCUGUCGAAAAAGCCAUUCAGCACCCUGGGGGAGGUGGCCCCUGUGUGGGUCCCAGACUCGCAUGCCCCCAUCUGCAUGAAAUGUGAGGUGAAGUUCACCUUCACCAAGAGGAGGCACCACUGUCGAGCCUGUGGCAAGGUGUUCUGCACGGUCUGUUGCAGCCUGAAGAGCAGGCUCACAUACAUGGACAGGAAGGAGGCGCGAGUGUGUGUCACCUGUCAUGCGGCACUGAUGAAUGCGCAAUCGUGGGAGAAUGCGGCGAGCGGCUGCACACAGAGCCCCAACCCCAACAACCCGGCGGAGUACUGCUCCACCAUUCCACCCCUCCAGCAGGCCCAGGCUUCGGGCGCGCUCAGUUCGCCCCCGCCUACCGUGAUGGUGCCUGUCGGGGUCCUCAAGCACCCAGGCUCCGAGGGGUCCCUCCCGCGGGAACAGAGGCGGGUACGCUUCGCAGAUGGCAUCCUGCCCAACGGGGAAGCUGCCGACUCCUCCAAGCUGCCCGCCAGCAGUCCCGCCCCCUCGGUGUCCCUGACGGUUUCGCAGGAGUCGGGCAAACCCUCAGUAGCGGACUCGACAGAACCGACGCAGGUGGCCGAGGCUGCAUCCGCCACCCCCGCUCAGGGCACAGGAGCUCCAGUGGGAAGCCCAGUGGGGAGCUCAGUGAACCUGAUCCCAGAGGAUGGGCUCCCUCCAAUCCUCAUCUCUACUGGUGUCAAAGGAGACUACGCAGUGGAGGAGCGACCAUCUGAGAUACUGCUGAUGCAGCAGCUGGAGGAGGGUGGCCCUGACCCCUUAGUCUUUGUCCUGAACGCCAACUUGCUGGCCAUGGUCAAGCUGGUCAACUACGUGAACAGGAAGUGCUGGUGCGUGACGACGAAGGGCAUGCACGCCGUGGGCCAGGCCGAGGUGGUGGUCCUGCUGCAGUGUCUGCCGGACGAGAAGAGCAUCCCCAAAGACAUCUUCAGUCACUUUGUGCAGCUCUACAAGGAAGCUCUGACAGGCCAUGUGGUGAGCCACUUGGGUCACUCCUUUUUUACACAGAGCUUCCUGGGCAGCCGGGAGCAUGGAGGGUUCCUCUACGUGAGUCCUACCUUCCAGUCUCUGCAGGACCUGCUGCUACCCAAUCCACCCUACCUCUUCGGCAUCCUGGUCCAGAAGUGGGAGACGCCCUGGGCCAAGGUCUUCCCCAUCCGCCUGAUGCUGCGGCUGGGCGCCGAGUACCGAUUCUACCCCUGUCCGCUGUUCAGCGUGCGAUUCAGGAAGCCCCUCUUCGGGGAAACGGGACACACCAUUAUGAACUUGCUGGCGGACUUCCGGAACUACCAGUAUACGUUGCCCGUCGUACCCGGGUUGGUGGUGGACAUGGAGGUGCGGAGAACCUGUAUCAAGAUCCCCAGCAACCGCUACAAUGAGCUGAUGAAGGCCAUGAACAAGUCCAACGAGCACGUGCUGGCGCUGGGGGCCUGCUUCAACGAGCGUGCCGACUCCCACCUCGUGUGCGUGCAGAACGACGAUGGCAACUACCAGACGCAGGCCAUCAGCAUCCACAACCAGCCCCGCAAAGUCACUGGCGCCUGUUUCUUCGUGUUCAGCGGAGCGCUGAAGGCUUCGUCUGGGUACCUGGCGAAGUCGAGCAUCGUGGAAGACGGCGUCAUGGUGCAGGUCACCGCGGAGACGAUGGAGGCUCUGCGCCAGGCUCUGCGAGAGAUGAAGGACUUCACGGUGGCCUGCGGUCGCGCCGACCAGGAGGAGAGCCAGGAGCACGUCCACAUCCAGUGGUUGGAGGACGACCGCAACUUCAACAAGGGGGUCAUCAGUCCCAUUGAUGGCAAGUCCAUGGAGUCCAUCACCAGCAUCAAGAUCUUCCAUGGUUCGGAGUACAAGGCCAAUGGGAAAGUCAUCCGCUGGACAGAGGUGUUUUUCCUGCAGAGUGACGACCAGCCCAACGGUCUGAGUGACCCAGCGGAGCACAGCCGCCUCACAGAGAACGUGGCGCGAGCCUUCUGCGUGGCUCUCUGCCCCCGUCUCAAGCUGCUCAAGGAGGACGGCAUGGCCAAGCUGGGCCUGCGUGUCACUUUGGACUCGGACCAGGUGGGUUACCUGGCUGGAAGCAACGGACAGCCGCUUCCUCCUCAGUAUAUGAAUGACCUGGACAGCGCCCUGGUGCCUGUCAUCCACAGCGGGGCCUGCCAGCUCAGCGAGGGUCCUGUGGUCAUGGAGCUUGUCUUCUACAUCCUGGAGAACAUCUCGUAGAGAAGACUCCUCCUCAGCUGCCGCCAGCUCCCCCUCGACCCCCCAGGCCGGCCUCAUUCCACCGACCCACCCAUUUGCACUUCCAAGAGCCUGAAAGCUGUGCCGGAAAGCAUUCCACCGCAAGUUCUAUGCAUCAUGUCCAGCCUCUCUCGGGUGGAGGGGGCCAUCGAGGGACAGUGAGCAGACUGACCCCACCUGGCCUCAGGUCCCCUCCGUCACCCCAACCCACCCACACCGGGCUUCCACGUGGCAGCAGCAUCCCUUUCGGAACAUCACUUUGUCCUCUCUACCCAUAAUUCCAUAGUGGGUUGAAAGCGGGGUGCACUGCACCCUGGGUGAAACAGUUUGGGUCCGCAGCCUUUGUGCUGCACGUGACUGGUGAAACGCAGGCUGGCGUAGCGAGGAGAAACGGUCCCACCUGGCUGUUGGAGGGGGAGAGGGGGGCCCUGUGUCGGUGUGAGUUAGCUUGCACUCGUGCUCGGUGCCUGGGUUCUGGUUCCUUGUGGAGAACAGGACUUCUGUGGCCUCCAGUCUUGCCUCUUAGCUUUAUUUAAUAAUCACGAGAUGCUUUAUUUGACACACGUUUAAGGAAUGGCUGCUGGUUUUGCUGUGGAAUUCUGCAGAGGCUUGAGUGAAAGGUGCUGUAACAGGGCUGUCCCACUGGGGGGGCACUUUGGAGCAGCACGGUGGCUGGCAUCAGCAAUGGAUCCUAUAGUAGGGGUGGGACCUUGGGUGGUGGAUCUCACAGCUGCAGGAAGUACAGCCCUUGUAGCCCUUGUGUCAGGGAACGAGGCCUUGGAGCUUUAUUCCCAGCCGAGGCCUACGCUCGCAGACGGACUGUCGGCUCCCCGAUGAACUGCGCUGCGGUAAAAUGAGAUGGCAGUUGACUAUGCAAGUAUGGCUAUUGAGGGAAUGAAGGUUUAAAAAGGUGUAAAAAGAUGACUAUACCCACUCCUGUGGCUUUAAUGUAACGUUACUGUUCCCAUACCGGCCUGUCGCAUUACACACGCUAAGGCUUCCGAGUGUUUCCAGUGCGCCCCCUGCUGGCAGCUCUCAGCAUCAUUCUUUUCAGAGGAAACCUGUGCAAUGCAGGGCUCCCCAAGUGGAGCUAAAGAAACAAGGAACAUGGGAACAGUGAGCAGACGCACAGGACAGCGCUAUGGCACCAUGGUGCGUCACACUGAGCGGGUGUAAAGACAGCUGCGGGGAUGGAAGGGGUUCUUCAGAGCGGAGCUCACCAGGCAUUCAGUCCUUCGGCAAAGGUAGCUCUUUACGGACUUUAACAAACUUGAGUAAAUGUGGUGAAAGUGGUAGAAUUCCAAAGAGGUACUGGGGUGGAACAGGGCUUUAACUGGCCUUUUCACCCCAUUUCACCUGAUUGUAUGUAGUAUCCAACGGAGCAGUGAUGCUGAACCAGAAGGGAAGAGCUCGGCCCUGGGGCUCCAAAGUGUCCUUGCAGGAACACUCUCCCCGCAUGGUAGCUGCUCUGCUGGUGUUGGAGAACCUCAGGUAACCCUACCCCCCGCUCCUGCAAAGGUCACUGCCACCGCAGAGAUUUCUCACUAUAAACCGAGUGGUAUGGAUUGGCUGACCAAAGUGAGUUAGGAAGGGGUUCGAGAAGGAGUUUGAUGCCCCUUGGUGCUACAGCUGUAGGUUGUCAUCUGGACCAGUUACAGAAGGUGCGGAGGGAUCGGGGGGUUGUCUUCAGGUUUGUUUGGUGUUGGACAACUGGCUUUGUCCCUCUAAAGGGCAAGUUGUUUUCAUGCAUGGAGUGGAGGUGGUAUAAAAACACAUGGUCAUUAAAAAAAAAAAAAAAAAAAAAACUUGCAUUCUCAACUGUAGAAUGAAACUAUUAAAGUAUGGAAUGGGGGAGUAAAGGGAGGGAAACCCUCACUAUUUCAGUACCACGUGGGUCAAGUAAUGCAGCCGAGUGAUUCAAUUAUGGGAAAAUCAUUCCUGUUCACCGUGAUCUUAUUCAUUAGAGGUGAUAGUGGUGUCUCAGGCCACCCCCCCCCCCCCCCAUUCCUGUACUGAUUUUUCACCCAUGUAUAACAUUUGAAACUUUACCCCCAUUGUGUGAAUACAGUUAGAAAAUAUUAAAUGUGACUUUCCCUUGGCAAUGCCCCCAGGUGUUUAAGUAUGAAAGGGGACUAUUGUUGGAAUAAGACUUUUUCAAAUAAACUAAUACGGUUAAUUCCCAGAAUCCAUCACUGCAUGCUUACAGCAACAAAGGAGCUUUUUGUGGCCAAGCCUGGUACUGAACUCUAUUUUUGAACAAUGUCCACAACCCCUGCCUCCUAUCCUCCUUUGCAACAUGGAACUGCAACCGCAAUCCUUCUGUACAAAAAGAUGUGUAAAUUAACAAGCUGGAAACAAAUCCCAGACAUUGACAUCAAGUGGAAGGAAGAACAAAUGUAUUUAAAAGCCAAAAACUGUACAUCUUUCUUUAAUGUACACUACAAAUGUCAAUAAGAGC